ACUUUCAGUGCACUUAAAUAUUUACCGUUUUCUUUGAAAUGCUUGAUACAUAGUCGGUGAAUCUGAGACGUAAAUUAACGAAAUGCAUCUUAACUGAACGAAACGUAUAAAUAACGAGUAUCACGAUUCUGCAAUAUUUCCUUGUGUGUCUAUCGAGGAAAAUAUGAUUACCUUGAGGGGAAAACUAAAGAAAGAAAGUGAGAUAGCAAGCGCAAAAAAUAGAGAUUAUAAUAAACGCAUAUCUGUCCGUGAUACGUUAUUAGUCAAAGAGGUACAGUGAUGUAGGGACGUAUGAAGUUAUUUUGAAGAUAUCGAAAUAAUGGUUCAAGAAAUGGAGCAAACAUUACCUAGCACUUGCAGAGUUACAUUUAGCGAUCCGCAUUGUUUGUACGAAUUUACAUUGUUGAUCGUUCCCGACGAAGGGUAUUGGAACGAAGGUCGAUUUUACUUUCAGAUUUACGUACCCGAAGAUUAUAACAUGGCUCCUCCAAAAGUUAAUUGUCUAACGAAAUUGUGGCAUCCCAAUAUAAGCGAGGAUGGCGACGUUUGUCUUUCGAUAUUGCGUCAAAGUAGUAUAGAUGGAAUGGGAUGGGCACCAACUCGUAAGCUUAAAGAUGUCGUAUGGGGCUUGAAUUCUCUCUUCACGGAUCUUUUAAAUUUCGAUGAUCCUUUAAAUAGAGAUGCAGCCGAUCUCUUUGUGAAAGACAAAGACUCGUUUCGGAGUAAGGUAAAAGAUUACGUGAUGCAAUAUGCGAAGAGAUGAUUCGAAUUAAAGGAUACUAUUAUAAUAAUAUAACUGUACAUUAAUUAGUUUUCUGACUCUGACAAAUACUUAAAAAUUCAACUUGAAGAUUCUUUUUCGAAGCUAUAUCAAAUCAACUCGUAUUUAAUACUUUGCAACUAGUCUUCUUAUUCUAGGGAGGUUACAUUUGUUAUCUUCAGUUUUAUCAGACGUAUGCAGCUUUAAAUUGUUACGGUACUUUGUUGCAGUUACGCGUUAUACCUUUGCGUUUAAUUAAUGGUAUAGAGAACGAGGAUAAAGAUCGUUGUAUAUUUGUACAAUAUACUUAUCCUCUUUAUAGAUCAUUGUCAUGAUGCAAGAUACUGAUUUUGUAAAUAAAUUUCAUACUUAAUAAUAAGACCUUUUUAUCCCAAUGUUAAUAGAGUUUACAUGUGCGAAGGACAUUUGAACUUGAACGACCAUUAUUUUAAUUAUUUGUCAUUUAUUGGUGAUUUUAUUAGAAUAUAAUCAUCGUUUUUGUACAAUUUCGAAGGGUUUGGUUUGUACCUUGAUUCGUUAAAACAUGGUACAGUGUGUGGUGUAUCUUAUGUUACGUUUAAAUACCGACAGAUUGGUUCUUUUUUUUUCUUUACUCGUAAAUCUUUGGAGUAAUGUAUGAACAGAUGUUGGUAUCCGUUAAAAUAAUUAAGAGUUGUAACAAAUAAAUAAUAACAAAAAAGAGAACAAGAUAAGAAAG